AUGUUGGCUCCGCAAACUGGUCUUCUUGCGUCGCUGCUGCUGGCUAGCAGCACACUGUGUGCCGCCUCGGCGCCACACGCCCACCACGAGGAAAAGAUCGCCCCUAAGGUGUUCAUCGUUUCGAUGUUCGCACCCGAAGCCGAGGUCUGGUGGAACAUUCCUGAAUUCGACCUCCUUGCGCACAAUGUCACCGUUCCUGGUCUCUCGCCCAUCUACCCCGAUGUUCACUGCACCGAGGAUUUCGAAAUCUGCCAAUUGAUCACCGGCGAAUCCGAGAUCAAUGCCGCUACCACCGUCACCUCUGUUGCAUUCUCUCCCCUCUUCAACCUUACUGAGACAUACUUCUUCAUCGCGGGUAUUGCAGGUGUCAACCCCGAACGAGCAACCCUCGGCUCUGCUACAUUUGCACGAUACGCGGUCCAGGUUGCCUUGCAAUAUGAGAUCGACAUCCGCGAGCUGCCCAGCACCUACAAGACAGGCUACUUCCCUCUGGGAUCUGACUUCCCCAACCAGUACCCCAGCAGCAUCUACGGCACUGAGGUCUUCGAGGUGAACGAUGAUCUCCGUAGCAUCGCCGCCAAGUUCGCCCGCCGUGCCAACUUGUCCGACUCGACUGCCGCCCAGGCCUACCGCGCGCACUACAACACUACCAACGGACAGUACAAGGCCGCUACCCUGCCCCCGUCUAUUGUGGAGUGCGACGUCGCAACCUCGGAUGUUUACUACAGCGGUAACAUCCUUGGCCAUGCCUUCACCAACACCACCAAGCUGUUCACCAAUGGAACUGGUGAUUACUGCAGCAGUGCCCAGGAGGAUAACGCUACUCUCGAGGCUCUGAUGCGCGCUGCUGUUCACAAGCUGACUGACUUUUCGCGCAUCAUUGUCAUGCGUACUGCCUCGGACUUCGAUCGUCCCUACCCCGGCUCUUCGGCUACCUACAACCUGCUCUAUGCCGAUGCCGGUGGUUAUGCCCCUGCCAUCGCGAACAUCUACCGCGCUGGUAUCCACGUGGUAGAAGGCAUCUUGGGUAACUGGGAGACCACCUUCGCUGGUGGCGUUGAGCCUUCCAACUACAUUGGCGAUAUCUUCGGUACCCUCGGUGGCCAGCCUGAUUUCGGUCCUGGACGCACCGAGGCUCUUGUUAACAGCGGAGCUUACAAGAAGCGCAGUCUUCGUCGCAAGUAA